AUGUUCUCGGACAGCUUCCAAGACGUUCGUCUUUUCACACAAGAAUUGGCUAACUUCUUAGCAAGCCGUUACAUUGAGUUGUGGGAUACUGAGGAACCGAAAUCAAAUGAAAGGGAAAGAAUAAUUCGUAUCAAAGUAAACGGAUCUACGGAUCAACUUAUAAUCUCUUCUGCAGAAGGAGUGGGACUUGAUGCUGACGAACUGAUAUCUUUUUUGCCAGACAACACUCUAUUAUAUGUCAACCCUGGUGAAGUUUAUUACAAAUGUAGUGAAAGGGCGAAUCCAUGUGUUAUAUGGAUAGGCCCCGUCAAUUCCGACGAAGAUUAUCGAACCUUACCAUGUUCUGCUUUGCAAGGCCUUGAUAAAGAAAACGGAAUGGGGGUAUCUGGUAAAUCAGCCGUGGGCUCUAGAGCGUUGUACAGUGACGGAGUUACUGUUGUGGAAGAUCCCUAUAUUCCACUUCAUCUAGAAAAUAUGCAUCCUGCAGCCAUAGAUUCACCCCUGAAACAACAGGCAGCAAUUAAGCAAUUUGUUUUUGUUCCUAAGGAUCAUAAAUCGUACCUCGUUGAAGAUUUUGCGAUCACCAGGUUCGGAAGUCAUAGAAAUCGCCCAGAUCAUGAUGUCAUGAGACGAAUUCAGUUACAAGCAGCAAUGAAAUCUAAUGGAAGUAUGCCGAGUUCCAUGCCAUGUGUUUCCAAUGGUCUCGAAGACUAUGGAUCUAGGAAUCAAUUAUCAAACGAAAUGGAACUCAAUCACAAUGAUAUUCUACAACGCAUGACACAACAACAACGUGAAUGGCUACUGAAACGAUUGUUGGAAUUCAACUAUCAAGAAAGUGGAAUGAUGCCCAACAGUAAUACUAAUAAUAUUAAUAAUAAUAACAAUAUUAACAUGGUUAUGAGAAAUUCGAAUAGCGUGUCUUCCGCUGGAGAUGGAUUCUCGAGUUUACUCGCUAGUAUGCCAAACCUUCUAACUAGUGGAACUUCCGCCAUGAAUAACACUAGAUCGAAUGGAAUGGGAGAUAUCAACAAUUAUUCUCAGUUUGGAAAUUUUAAUGACGGUCGAUCUAUGUCCAAUGAAUGUAAACGUAACUGGGGACAUGGUGACUGGGAGUAA